UCGCCUAGCCUCUCAACCGGCCGUCACCUCUCUUCCGGCAGUGCGAACCUUGCACUGCCUGUAGGCGCCAUGCAGAAGGCACGGCUACUGCUGAGUGUUUGUUCCCGAGCGUGGAGUUCGGUGCGGAUGGUCAGCUCCGGGAUGGUGCGCCGGGACCCGCACGCGAAUAAGGUGGCCCUAGUCACGGCCUCUACCGACGGCAUCGGCUUGGCCAUCGCCCGGCGCCUGGCCCAGGACGGGGCCCACGUGGUCGUCAGCAGCCGGAAGCAGCAGAACGUGGACCGGGCGGUGGCAGCACUGCAGGAGGAGGGGCUGAGCGUGACGGGCACCGUGUGCCACGUGGGGAAGGCCGAGGACCGGGAGCGGCUGGUGGCCACAGCUUUGAACCUUCACGGGGGGAUUGACAUCCUGAUCGCCAAUGCUGCUGCCAGCCCUUUCUUUGGAAACCUAAUGGAUGCCACUGAGGAGGUGUGGGACAAGAUUCUGGACAUUAAUGUGAAGGCCACAUUCCUUUUGAUCAAAGCGGUGGUGCCAGAGAUGGAGAAACGAGGAGGCGGCUCAGUGGUGAUUGUGUCCUCCAUAGGAGCCUACAGCCCAUUUCCUGGCCUGGCCCCUUACAAUGUCAGUAAAACAGCUUUAUUGGGCCUCAACAAGAACCUGGCAGCAGAGCUGGCCCCAAGAAACAUUAGAGUGAACUGCCUGGCACCUGGACUCAUCAAGACCAGUUUCAGCCACAUGUUGUGGACAGGCAAGGAAAGAGAAGAAAGCGUAAAAGAAACCUUGCAGAUAAGAAGGAUAGGCAAGCCAGAGGACUGUGCAGGCAUAGUGUCUUUCCUGUGCUCUGAAGACGCCAGCUACAUCACUGGGGAGACAGUGGUGGUUGCUGGGGGGACCCCGUCCCGGCUCUGAGGACCUGGAGAGAACCCAGGGCAGAGGGAAUUUGAGGGGAGAUGGAAGAGAAGAAACCUGGAGUGGACGGAGCAGGAUUGAAAUUAACAACUUGCAAAUAGAGUACAAAUAAAAUGCAGAUGAUCAUAUUG